CUGCAUGCGGUUGAUUGCGGCCCAAGGAAUUAUGAAGAUGGCGCUAAGAUCGAUGUUUUUGUAAAUAAAGUUGGGCCGUAUGCAAAUAUCCAUGAAACUUACCAUUACUAUCAGCUUCCGUUAUGUAGACCACAGAAGAUCGUUCAUAAAUCCCUGUCUUUGGGACAAGUACUAGAUGGAGAUCGUAUGGCCGAAUCAGCUUUCCUUGUCAAGUUUGGUCAAUCCAUACCAACACAGUCUUUGUGUGGUGAACAGCAUAUCCCGGAAGAAGAAUCGAGAAAACUAAUAGAAGCCAUUGAGGAAGACUAUUACUUUGAACUGAUCAUAGACGAUCUCAAAGUGAGAAACUUCAUCGGAUAUGUGACAGAGGCCAAAGUCUUUCCUCAUGAGCAUAAUGUCUUCAUUUACACUCAUUUCGCCUAUUACAUAACAGCCAACAAAGACAGCGUGCUCGACAUUGCAUUAGUCAUGGACUCUGCUCAAGAAUUACACCAUGAACAGCCAGUGCUUCUCAAUUUGAAAUACAGUGUUCAUUGGAACGCGACAGAAUUGCCCAUCUCUUCAAGAACAAAAGAAGGCGCUGUUCAUUUUUCAAAUCGCACUAUGAGAAUUCAUUGGCUUUCUGUACUAAACUCAGCGUUGUUGGUCUGCCUCCUUGUUCUUCUAGUAUCUAUUAUAAUAUUUUCAUCAGUCAAAAGGGAUUUAUCUAAGUAUAAUACUGAGGAAGAUGGUGAUUUGCUACUAGACAAUGGAUGGAAAACAAUUGGCAUGGAUGUGUUCAGGUUCCCGAGCCACCCAAUGCUGCUCAGUGCGAUCAUAGGUGUUGGGUUACAAUUCUUAGUUAUUGGUGCCUGUAUACUUGUUAUUGGCUCUCUCAAUUUGAUGAAUGUUCACAGACACGGUCUUCUCAACACUUUGAGCGUUGUCCUUUAUGCUCUAACUUCAUGCAUUGCUGGGUAUGCUUCUUCUUCCAAAUACAGACAGUUUCAAGGAAAAAAUUGGAUAGCUAAUAUAAACUUAACAUCGUUUCUAUUUGCUGGUCCUAUGAUUUUUGCUUGGUCAAUCAACAACUCUGUCUCGUGGGCGUAUCAGAGUACUCAGGCACUACCUUGGACAACGGUUUUAGUCGUUCUCGGUAUUUGGUUGGUUUUUGGCUAUCCCUUAACUAUCAUUGGAGGAAUCUUGGGACGUGGUUUGAAUUCCAAAUACUCGGCUCCCUGUCGAACGAGAACUGUUCCACGUCAACUCCCACCUUUAUCAUGCCUCUACUCCACACCAGUUUUCUCAGCUAUUGGAGGAUUUUUGCCAUUCAGUGCUAUAUGUGUAGAGCUUUAUUAUAUAUUCUCAACAAUGUGGGGCCGAGAGUCUUAUACAUUGUUCUACAUGGUCCUCAUAGUUUUCGUGCUAACGAUAAUUGUUGUUGCUUGCUGUGCUGUGGCGCUAACCUACUUUCAACUGAAUCUGGAAGAUUACCGUUGGUGGUGGAGGAGCGUUUUUCUUGGAGGGUCCGUAGGAGUGUUUGUGUUUUGUUAUGGCAUCUACUUCCUUUACUAUAGAAGUGAGAUGAAGGGCCUAGUGCAAUUAACUGAAUUUUUCACUCAUCUUUUCCUCUUGUGUUAUGUAACUUUUCUCUCUAUGGGCACAAUUUCACAUUGGGCUUCUCAUAAGUUUAUUGUAUAUAUCUUCUCUUCUGUUAAGAGUGAUUAA